GGUGAUGCACUUUCCCAUGUCACGUCGUUGCUUGGCCUUUUAUGUUUCGCGCUACUUUCCUGGUUAUAAAACCGAGCUCCCACUGCUGCCAUUCCAUCUCCCCAUUCAUUCCCUUUUGUUUCUCUGUUUAACUUCUCUCUCUAGUUGAAGGUUCCGUGAGAAGUUAGCAAUGGCGGCCUUGACUCGCGUGCACAGCCUCCGUGAGCGCGUGGAUGAGACUCUGGCUGCUAGCCGCAAUGAAAUCGUGGCACUCCUGUCCAGGAUCGAAGCCAAAGGAAAAGGUAUUCUGCAACACCAUCAACUUAUUGCAGAGCUUGAAGCGAUUUCUGAAUCCAAUAGACAGAAACUUCUGAACGGGGCCUUUGGUGAAGUUUUGAGAUCCACUCAGGAAGCCAUUGUUCUACCUCCCUGGGUUGCCUUGGCGGUUCGUCCAAGGCCUGGCGUUUGGGAUUACAUAAGAGUGAAUGUCCAUGCUCUUGUGGUUGAAGAGCUACGUGUGGCGGAGUACCUGCAAUUCAAAGAGGAACUAGUGGAUGGAAGCUCUAAUGGGAACUUUGUUCUUGAGUUGGAUUUUGAGCCCUUUAAUGCAUCUUUUCCCCGUCCCACUCUUUCAAAGUCCAUUGGGAAUGGUGUGGAGUUCCUUAAUCGCUACCUUUCCGCAAAGCUCUUUCAUGACAAGGAAAGCAUGCACCCGCUGCUUGAAUUUCUGAGAGUACACUGCUACAAGGGGAAGAGUAUGAUGCUGAAUGAUAGAAUUCAGAACAUUAAUUCCCUCCAACAUGUUCUUAGGAAGGCAGAGGAUUACCUCUCUACACUUUCCCCUGAAACACCAUUUUCUAAGUUUGAGCACAAGUUCCAGGAGAUUGGUUUGGAAAGAGGGUGGGGUGACACUGCUGAACGUGUAUUAGAAAUGAUUCAACUUCUUUUGGAUCUUCUUGAGGCUCCCGACCAAUCCACCCUUGAGAAGUUCCUUGGGAAAAUCCCUAUGGUCUUCAAUGUAGUAAUUAUGUCUCCUCACGGGUAUUUUGCCCAGGAUAAUGUCUUGGGAUAUCCUGACACUGGUGGCCAGGUUGUUUAUAUCUUGGAUCAAGUUCGGGCAUUGGAAAGUGAGAUGCUUGCUCGUAUCAAGCAUCAAGGCUUGGAUAUCACUCCUCGUAUCCUCAUCGUCACACGACUCCUCCCUGAUGCAGUUGGAACCACAUGUGGUCAGCGACUUGAGAAAGUAUUUGGGACAGAGCAUACGGAUAUUCUUCGAGUUCCCUUUAGAACAGAGAAGGGAAUUGUCCGGAAAUGGAUCUCAAGAUUUGAAGUUUGGCCCUAUCUUGAAACUUACACCGAGGAUGUUGCCCAUGAACUUUCUAAAGAGUUACAAGGGAAGCCUGAUUUAAUCAUUGGAAAUUACAGUGAUGGGAACAUUGUUGCCUCAUUGUUGGCACAUAAAUUUGGGGUCACAGAGUGCACCAUAGCACAUGCCCUUGAGAAGACUAAGUAUCCCGACUCUGACAUAUACUGGAAACAAUUAGAGGAGAAGUAUCACUUCUCUUGCCAGUUUACUGCAGAUCUUAUAGCCAUGAAUCAUACCGACUUCAUAAUCACUUCUACUUUCCAAGAAAUUGCUGGAAGCAAAGACACCGUUGGUCAAUACGAGAGCCACACUGCUUUCACCCUUCCUGGACUCUAUCGUGUUGUACAUGGGAUUGAUGUUUUUGAUCCUAAGUUCAACAUUGUCUCACCUGGAGCAGAUAUGAGCAUUUACUACUCCUACACUGAAAAGGAAAAGAGGUUGACAUCUUUCCACCCUGAAAUUGAAGAGCUGCUCUACUCUUCUGUUGAGAAUGAGGAACACUUGUGUGUAUUGAAAGACCGAAACAAGCCAAUCAUAUUCACAAUGGCGAGGUUGGAUCGUGUAAAGAACAUCACAGGUCUUGUAGAAUGGUAUGGUAAGAAUGCCCGCCUUCGGGAGUUGGUUAACCUUGUUGUUGUUGCUGGGGAUCGGAGGAAGGAGUCCAAGGACUUGGAGGAACAAGCUGAGAUGAAGAAAAUGCACGGUCUUAUUGAAACCUACAACUUGAAUGGCCAGUUUAGAUGGAUUUCUUCCCAGAUGAACCGAGUGAGAAAUGGUGAACUCUAUCGGUGUAUCGCUGACUCUAAGGGAGCCUUCGUGCAGCCUGCUGUGUACGAAGCUUUUGGCCUGACGGUUGUUGAGGCCAUGACCUGUGGAUUGCCAACAUUUGCUACCUGUAAUGGCGGCCCAGCAGAGAUCAUUGUGCAUGGCAAGUCUGGCUUCCACAUUGAUCCCUAUCAUGGUGAUCAAGCGGCCCAGCUCCUGGUCAAUUUCUUUGAGAAGUCUAAGGCCGACCCUAACCACUGGAAUGAGAUCUCUCAGGGAGGGUUGAAGCGGAUCCAAGAGAAGUACACAUGGCAGAUUUAUUCUGAGAGGUUGUUGACCCUUACUGGGGUUUAUGGCUUUUGGAAGCAUGUGUCUAAACUUGAUCGCCGUGAGAGCCGCCGCUACCUCGAGAUGUUUUAUGCACUAAAGUAUCGUAAGCUGGCUGAUUCUGUUCCUCUCGCUGUCGAGUAAAGGAAAUUUGAAGAGUGAAUAAGAGGAGGAAGCAUUUGGGGCUGUGCCACGAGUGGUUUUCUUCCGAGUUUUGAGGAAUAAUCGCCAUUGUUCUAGAGAUUGUGAUUAGAGACUAUAGACAAAGGCUCUUUGAUUUC